GGUUCACGUGCUGUUAUUAUAGUGGUGCGCUGUGGCCCCGCCCCCUCUGAGAGUUGAGCGAUGAGCGCGCGGCAGCGGGGACGCGCACAGCUGAUCGUCUCCGAGGAGGAAAGUUUCUCUAUCUUCGGAUUAUGACGUUCAGUUCCUGUGACGUGUUCCAGAUCUCGAGGUUCUGUUUCUGUCAUGAUCAGUGAGUUUGAGUUCAGCGCUGUCCACCUGAAGAAGGUUGAUCAUGAAACACAGCGCAGGUCUGCAUCAUGCAUCUGGUGCUCGAAAGUCUGCAGCUUCAUCCUCCUCCUCGUCUUCAUCACGGCGUCUUACAUUCUGUCCUGCAAGAGGAAGACUCUGCUCUUCGAUCCAUAUCUGAUGGAGGAGGACCUGAGUGAAGACGCCCUCAGAGACGUGGUGCAGAGCAUCUCAGCUAAAGUGAAGUUCAGAGCCAGACGUGUUCCUGACGUCAGCGAGCUGAUCAUCCUCGAGGAACACAUGUUCUCUGUGGCUCCGAAGCGCUUUCUGCCGGAUGUUAAGAACCCCUGCUGGUUCCAGGAGCUGCGUGGAGACGUGAGCGUGGAUCCGUACGGGUCAAACCUGUUCGGACGCUCCUUCAGACCCAUACAGCACAUCUUUGAGCAGCUGAGCGUCUCCUUCAGACAGCUGGUAACACGGCAUGAUGGGAAACUGCAGCGGCUGCGCUGUCUGCCCUACUUCUACAUCAUCGGCCAGCCCAAGUGUGGCACGACGGACCUGUACGAGCGCCUGAGGCUUCACCCGGACGUCCGGCUCACACAGCCCAAAGAGCCACACUGGUGGAGCAGGAAGAGGCUCGGAGUCUUUCAAUACGGUGGACGUCCUCACACACGUUUCCCGCUGGACCAUUAUCUGGACCUGUUUGACCCGGUGACCCUUCAGAUACAGCAAAGCCUUCUGGGAAACUCCAGCAGCAACAUCAUCACUGGUGAGGCCAGCGCUUCCACUAUGUGGGACAACAACGCCUGGCUGUAUCUCCAUGGCAACAGCAGAGGGGCGGAGCCUCCGGCACUCGUCCAGGACUUCAUUCACGCGCUGCAGCCGGACGCACGAUUCAUCGCCAUCCUCAGAGACCCCGUGGAGAGGCUGUAUUCAGAUUAUUUGUACUUCAGCACGAGUGAUAAAUCAGCGCUGGACUUCCAUCAGAAGGUGUGUGAGUCUCUGUGGAUGUUCGAGGACUGUCUGCGCGACGCUGGGCUCAGAGCGUGUGUGUACAACAACACACUGAACAACGCCAUGAGCGUGCGUCUGCAGGUGGGCCUGUAUGUGCUGUUUCUUCUGGACUGGCUGUCAGUGUUCAGCCGUGAUCAGCUCUUAGUUUUGCGUUUGGAGGAUCACGCUUUAAACCCGGAGCUCAGCAUGAGCAGGAUCUUCCACUUCCUGCGCUUAGGAGCGCUGUCUGAUCAGAAACAGAGACAGAUCAGCAAGCGUCCCGCGUCAAACACCAGACGUGCGUCCGACAGAGACCUCGGGCCGAUGCGUGCGGACACACGAGAGCUGCUCUCACUGUUCUACUCUCCGUUCAAUCAGAGACUGGCCCAGGUUCUGCAGGACGAGUCCUUCACGUGGGACGCUCGCUCUGAACACGCCUGACCCGUGACAGAGGAACACACAGAGUCUUUAGUGUUUGAAUCACUGACACCUGCUCAGAUCCGUCCAGAUUCAACUUCCUGCCAUCAUUAUGAUCUGUGACACUAACGAGACUAGAUUAAACACUGCUGAUACAGCAGACGUGGAAGAAUCUGGCUUUUAUGUGUACUUUUAAAUGGAUAGUUCACCCAAAAAACACUAAAGAAGAUAUUGUGGAAAAACUGGAAACUGAAUAACUUUGGACCGUGUUGACUUUGACUGUAUGGAUGAAAACACAACAGUAUUUAAUGAGUUCACACUUACAUGUAAUAAACAGAGUAAAGGA